AUGGGAUCCGUUAUCGAUGCUGCAAACAAGGAGGUUAAUGGAACCGCAAGUGGGAAGAAACCUACAGUUAUCUUUGUCCUUGGUGGUCCAGGAAGUGGUAAAGGUACACAGUGUGCGUACAUUGUGGAACAUUAUGGUUACACACAUCUGAGUGCUGGAGACCUUCUUAGAGCUGAAAUCAAAUCUGGUUCUGAAAAUGGAACUAUGAUCCAGAAUAUGAUUAAGGAGGGGAAGAUUGUGCCUUCCGAGGUUACGAUCAAGCUUCUACAGAAGGCCAUUCAGGAAAACGGGAAUGACAAAUUCCUCAUUGAUGGUUUCCCUCGUAAUGAGGAAAACCGAGCUGCGUUUGAAAAAGUUACUGAGAUUGAACCAAAGUUUGUCUUGUUCUUCGAUUGUCCUGAGGAAGAGAUGGAGAGGCGUCUGUUGGGCCGAAACCAGGGAAGAGAGGAUGACAAUAUUGAGACUAUAAGGAAGCGUUUCAAGGUGUUUCUUGAAUCUAGCUUACCAGUGAUUCAGUACUACGAAGCUAAGGGGAAAGUUAGAAAGAUUCAUGCCGCAAAGCCCAUUAAAGAAGUAUUUGAGGAGGUGAAGGCAGUCUUUUCUCCUGAAGCUGAGAAGGUUGCAGCCUAG